AUGCCCACAAAAGGCCUGCCCACGCGGGCCGGCUCGGGCGCUGGUGGUGGCGGACGCGCGGCAGGUCCGCGCAAUAGCAGCGCCUGGCCACGACGAGUUGCACCUGUGCGCGAAGCCGAUGAUGAGAGACGCGCAGGGACAACAGCCAAUUCGCCGUCACCGAAUCCGGCAGCAGAUGAGGGCAAAAGCGACAAGGCGCCGCUCCUGACACUAAUGGAGGAGACGCUUCUCCUGGGGCUGAAGGACCAAGAGGGCUACUUGUCGUUCUGGAACGACUCUCUGUCAUACGUGCUGCGCGGCUGCAUGCUGAUGGAGCUGGCACUGCGGCGGCGGAUCCGCAUCAGCAAGGAUGCGUUCACAGGCAUGACAAGCCUGAGCGAUCGCCCCCUGGAGAUUAUCUCAACGCGGCCCACAGGCGAAGUCCUCCUGGACGAAGCGCUGCGGGCAAUGAAGGGCAGUGAAAUGCCGCGCAGCGUCUCCUCCUGGAUGGACCUGCUGAGCGGCGAGACGUGGAAUAUCGCCAAGGCCGGGUACCAAUUGAAGCAGGUGCGCGAGCGCCUGGCUAAGGGGCUGGUGGACAAGGGCGUGCUGCGCACCGAGAAGCGUAAUUUCCUGUUCUUUGACAUGGCUACGCAUCCGGUGCAGGACGGGCGCGCCAAGGACGAGGUCAUUGGCGAGGAGGAGCGCCGGUUUGCACUGCUGAGACGUGUCUGUCUGGUGAGUGCAGCGUGCGCGGGCAGUGUGCUGGAGAACCCGCUGACGCACAUGGACAUGGAGACGCGCGAUCGCGCGGUGGCUCGCGCCGAGGACCUGAUGGACGUCUACGGGCACUGGCCGUUCAAGAAGGACUCGCCGCUGUACUCGCCCGAAGUCGACUCGGGUGAGGCCGGCGACCUGAUGGUCCAGGAGGUCGUGGCUGCGGUCAUCUGUGUGCUGAGGAAAAUGGACAAGCUGAUCUAA